AUGGCUGCUGCAAUAUCAGGCUCUCACCAGGAAGCUGUCAGACAGAAAGGUAGUACGAAGUGUCCAAACCACAGACUGAGAGAUGUUGUUUAUGUUUGUCAGGAUUGUAAAAUUCUUAUGUGUACAACUUGCAGUAUAAAAUCUGUUCACAAGACUCACAACCUAGAGGAACUUAGCGUCGUUGCUCAGGAGAAAAAAACGGUCAUGUUGGAUUUCGUCAACCUAUCAGAAAAGAACACACUUCCUCUUCUUAAAGAUGAUCUCAUAGCAAAAGAACACCUAAUGACAGAAACUUCUUCAGAAUUCAAGACAGUUUCUUCCAAUAUGAAGCUCCAAGGUGUAAAAUGUAAACAAGAAAUAGAUGAACUGAUAGCAGGUUUCACUUCUAUUCGUGAUGAAAUGGAGAGAAGUAAUUUUGAGUUAUUACGACAUUAUAAGAAAGACAAACAGCACAGAUAUGACGUUGUAUUAGCAGAAGUAGAAGAAUGUAAGAAGGCUCUACAGACAAGCACAGAUGUUGAGAUAUUUGACACUGACUUCGAUACACUUGGAAGUUACACAGAUUCCAACCCACCUGUAUUACAAACCUGCCAAUACACACCUUGUACAACAAUCACUGAUCAUCUCAAACAGGCAAUCGGUAAAUUUACCACUGGUUCUACCGGCCAUUCACAAACACUAGCGGCUGCUACAUCCACCAUCGGUAAAUUAGACCAAUGCCAAGAGAGCUCUGCUGGUCACACUGACAUCGAGAAAGCAGGCACUCACGCUGGGAAAUCACCAGGUCAGCCUCCUUUAUAUGUUCUGCUCGAUAACCCAAUUGUUGUAUCACAGUUUUCAGUCCCAGCGAUGGCUUGGUCAAUAUGCCUAACUCCAGAAGGUUGCCCCUGGAUUCUGGAUGCUGGCGGGAAAACAGUACUUCAGAUAAAUGAUAAAGGUGAAACCAAACAGAAAAUUGAACUUCACAAUGAUGCCCGUGAUAUAUGUGUGUCCCCUGAAACGGGUCAUCUCUGGUUCUGUAGUGAUGAUAGAACUAUAUAUGAAUUACAAGAACCAGCAACACCUGUACCACAGUUCAAAGCAAAUGACAAACCGAGCUGUCUACACAUAACCAACGAUGGCGUUAUGGUGGGUACAAAGAGCAGUUUAACUUUACACAACACCACAGGAUCUGUUCUACACACCAUCACCAAUGAAGAAAAAUCAGAUUUCUUACCUCCAUUCAGAAUUUCCAACUGUUCAGUGACAGGAAACGUUGCUGUGGUACACGGUAUUGAAAAUGAGGAAAGUGAAGAAGAUAUCCCAUAUAACUCAACAAUGCAUAUCGGCGUGUAUGACAGAACACUCGAUCAACUAUUUACCUACAGAGGAGAAGAUAUCCGGGGACAGGAGCCUGUUACACCAGAAACAUUCGGUCCAUGGUCAGUUGACUACGAUUCCUUUGGAAACCUGAUUAUAGCGGAUAUGAAGAGGAAGACAAUAGAAUUAUUAAGUGGGACUGGCCAGUACCUGAGAACAUUGCACUCAGGUGCAGGAUAUAAAGGUGCGAUAUGCAUAGGGUCUGGGAAUACACUGUGGUCACAGAUGGAAGAUGAUGAGGGAGAUAUUACAAUUAAAAUCCUCAAAUAUUGUAAGUGA